CAGUUGCUGUGGGUUGGUUUACUGAAGAGGAUAAAAGCCCUAAUCAGGAUUCGAAGAGAGGAAUUGGAAUUGGAAUUUGGGAAGAGUGGGAGACAAUGGGGCUUUGUGUAUACGCACGCAUAUUUAUGGACUCUCCGUGGAAUUUCAGUUCAUCGAAUCAAUGAAAUCCCUAAUUCCAAUUCGGAACAGAGGCGGAGUUGUCGAUGCAUGUCUUCGGAUUCCCUCUGGAUCUCAACUGGUUCCUCCAAUUCAUCUUCACAGCCUUCCUCAUCGCCCUCGGAUUGCUCCACCUGGUCAAGAACACCGCAUCCAAAUACUUCAUGGUCGACGCCAAUUUCGAGCCGCCCUCCGCCCACAGGUCGCCGGCCGUCGCCGAUGCCGGCGGCGACUCCUGCGUGGUCUGCGGUAAUUCGACCAAGAAGCAGUGCUCUGGAUGCAAAGCGGUCAAAUACUGCUCGGAAGCUUGUCAAAAAUCUCAUUGGAGUUCUGGGCAUAAGACAAAGUGCAAGGACUUAAAGUUAUCUGGGAAGGCAAACUUGGUGCCGCCUGCUUCUGUGCAGUGUGGACGGAGAUUUUCUAGUGCAGUUGCACUAGUUCCUGCAUGUAGAACCACUCAUAUUAUCAAGCAGUCUAUAGAGGUUCUUUUCCCCUAUGAGGAGUUUGUGGAACUUUUUAAUAGGGACAAGCCAGGGUUUCCUCCAUGCGGGCUUCUAAAUUGUGGUAACAGCUGCUUUGCUAAUGUUGUCCUACAAUGUCUUAUGUACACUCGGCCGCUUGUUGCCUACUUGCUGGAGAAAGGACAUCGGGGAGAAUGCAGACGGAAUGAUUGGUGCUUCCUAUGUGAAUUUCAAACCCAUGUUGUAAGAGCUAGUGAAAGCCGGCAACCCUUUUCACCAAUUAAUAUUCUCUCACGGUUACCUAAUAUUGGUGGUAAUCUUGGCUAUGGGAAACAAGAAGAUGCCCAUGAGUUCAUGAGGUUUGCUAUUGAUACCAUGCAAUCAGUCUGCCUAGAUGAAUAUGGUGGAGAAAAGGCAGUUGAUGCUAGAACUCAAGAAACAACUCUUAUUCAGCAUAUAUUUGGUGGUCAUCUCCAAUCUCAGGUGAUUUGUACAAAAUGCAAUAACAUUUCAAAUCAGUAUGAAAACAUGAUGGAUCUUACUGUUGAAAUUCAUGGGGAUGCGGCAUCUUUAGAGGAAUGCUUGAAUCAAUUUACAGUCAGAGAGCGGCUUCAUGGUGAUAAUAUGUAUAAAUGUGAUGGAUGCAAUGACUAUGUCAUGGCAUGGAAGCGCCUGACUGUUCGAAAGGCUCCAAACAUUCUUACAAUUGCUUUAAAAAGGUUUCAGAGUGGUAGGUUUGGAAAACUUAAUAAGAGGGUGACUUUCCCUGAGACUCUGGAUCUUAAUCCUUACAUGAGUGAAGAAGGAGAUGGUGACAAUGUUUACAAGCUAUAUGCAGUGAUCGUCCAUGUUGACAUGCUAAAUGCAUCAUUUUUUGGCCAUUACAUUUGUUAUACAAAAGAUUUUUAUGGAAACUGGUACAGGAUUGAUGACUGCAAGGUGACAAGAGUUGAUUUGGAAGAGGUGCUGUUGCAGGGAGCUUACAUGCUCAUGUAUAGCAGGGUUUGUGCCCGCCCGUCAUGUCUGAAGGCCGUUGAAUCAUUGGGCAAGGACCAGCAAACGGUUAAAAUUGUCCAAGGAGGAGGGCACUAUGCAAAAGAUUCGGUUGAAUGCUCUACUAUGGCAGGUCCAAUUGAUAGCAUUUGCAUGUCUGGUUCCUUGGCACCUGAUAGCAAUUCACACUCAAGAGUUUAUUCUUCUGAAAUGAAGUCACCAUCAUUUACUAAUUCUGAAUAUGUGGAGGAGGAUAUGGAAAUUUUGGGUCCUGAGUCAAGUUCAUCUGUUCCAGAGGAUGUUGAAGUUCAUGGUAAUGGGUAUCUUAAUGCAACUGAAGAAACUGCUUCUCCUGUAGUUGAUGUUGAUAGAUUAGUCUCUGGGGAUGGUUCUUCUCUAAGUGAGAGGUUUGAGCCUGAAGCUUAUUCUCUGAAUUAUAAAUUGGCAUCUUCAAAUUAUGGUGUUGGGGGAAAAAAUAGAGCUGCAAAUGGUGCCAAAGAGACGACGAGUUCCUCAAGCAGAAGCUCUCUGCCAAAGGAGAAUGGCGUCUGUCUUGGGGUGGAAACGUCACAUGAUGGUUCUGUUAGUGGUUUAAGCUUGGAUGGAGAUCUGAAUGAAGAUAAUCCUGUUGAUUCCAAAGAUCAUCAGGAGAAAAUGGAGAAUAAAAAGGGUUUGCCUUCAGCUAGCAGUGUUAAGGAUGCAGAAGGGAAGUUGGCUGGAAGAAAUUCCUCUGGAACAAAGCCGAAGCCUCUUUUUCCUCCAGGAUUCCUUGGGAGGCGUUCGAGCAAUAAAUCUAUGAAGAGAGGGGUAAGAAUCAUGUCAGAAGUUGGGGACUUUGUUUCUUGCAACCACAUGAAAGGUGACGGUGGAUUUCAAGAGCCUGGGUGUCAUCAUGAAAAUGGUGCAAGGACACAAGAGGUGGUGAACCCUCAUUUGGAGGGAAACACUUCAUUGCCUUUCACUUCCGGGGAAGAAGUUGGGAAUUGUUUGGACAAGGACAUGGUGGCGCAUAGCAAAUCUGGCGAGUUUACUAACCUCUGCAGUGGAGAAUCUGCUACUGUUUUCAAUGAUAAUAAGGAAAUAAACAACAUUGACAGAGAUGGCCAGCCAUUGAUUGAGAAGACUCCAAGAGCCAUAGUUAGGAGCUCCAUGAGUGAAACCACUCGUUCCGACCUUGUGGGAACAGAUGUGGAAAGGCUAUAGAAAAGGGCCUGUAAUCUCAGCAAAGGGCCUGUAAUCUCAGCGAGAUGGCUCAGAACUAAUUUUGCAUGAAGCAUCUGUGCAGUCCACGGAAUUGUGAUACAUUGAGUCAUCUUGAAAUAAUGGUUGGAAACUGAUAUAGUAGUCCCUAUAUUCAUGAAAUUGGUACUGAAGUUAGUGGUGGUAAGAGUGGCAGGUUAUUGCAGUGCUUGUCACGAUCAUAUUGAGAUGCAAAUGGAAGAGGUACAUAUAAUGGAUCAGAGUUAAGAAUAGCAAUUUUUAAGGUGCAUUCUUUACACUUAUAUUUGUUCAUAUUGAGUGAUCCCAUCGCCAAAUGGUCUAAUUGGGAAUUUACUUCCAGGGUUUCACUAUUUAUAGAAAUCUUGGAUGCUCUUGUUUGAUUUUAGGUAUUAACUUCUAUCUCAAAAAUGAGAAAAUAGAAAUCUCUACUUCUCUACUUCUAGCA